UGAAUGGUUGUGUGCUGUGUAUCUUUAGGCAUACAGUUUCAAAGUUCGAUCUUCGUACAGUGUUCAAGAAUAAUUUCCAAAAAGAGUUUUUAAACGUCACGUGUAGUGAUGUGAUAGAGAUGACCAAAGCUCUACAUUUGCUGCUCCUACUGGUGGCAUUAUCAGCAGCGCUCGCAUUCCCUACCGAUUGUCCGACUGCUGGAGAGCAGUUACUACCACACGACUCUGAUUGUAGCCUUUAUUACCAAUGCGUCCACGGUAGUAAGGUAGUCAGAAACUGCGCGCCUGGAACACACUUUGAUUUCAAGUUACAGAUAUGUAACUGGCCAUUUUUAGUGAAUUGCAAACAAGCCCCGACAAUUACCACUACAACGCAAUCUAGUGCCACUACCAAAGUAACGCCAUCUAUUGACGGUGUAGAGAAACUACCGAAUGGUUGUCCAGCCGAUUUUGGUACACAUCUGUUGCUCCCCCAUGAGACUGACUGCGCGAAAUACUAUACGUGCAACAAUGGUGAUCGGAUUUUGAUGCGAUGCGCGGCUGGUACGCUUUUCAAUGUUAAUUUACAGUUAUGUGACUGGCCUGAUAGUGUAAAUUGUAAUCAACAAGCUACGAUUCCUACAACUAGUUCACCAGUCACUACAACAUAUUUACCAUUAACAACAACACAUUCCCCAUUAUCAACAACAAAUUCACCAUUGACAACAACAAGUCCAAGGGGAACUGAACAGCCCACACCAGCAACGACAUCCGACAACGACAAAAACGAUAAUGAUAAUGAACCACCAACCAAUGAAAUAGACAAAUUUCCGAACGGUUGUCCUGUAAAUCACUACAUCCAUUUACUUCUCCCACACGAGCAUGACUGUGCAAAGUUUUACGCAUGCGACCAUGGAAGAAAAAUAUUGAGGGAUUGUGCUCAAGGAACGCUCUUCGACGUGCAGUUACAGGUUUGCAACUUUCCUCAUUUAGUCAAUUGUAAUGCGACUGCUACAACUACAGUUAAAACUACCAGUUCUGAAGCAGCCACAUCAGUUCAUACUCCUACCACAAACAAAGAUGAAGAUAUCGAUGAAGAUUUGAAAGAAACAGCUAUUGAGUCUACGAUUUCUGAAGCUCCAUCAACAAAAGAAGGAGAAAUAAGUACAACAGGCAUUACUACUGAACCGAGUAGCACAACAGAUUACAAAUACAUUACAACUGAUAGUAUUGAUGAUCAAACUACUUCAGGAUCUACAGAUGGAGUUACAAAAAAUGUAACUACCACAUUAGAUUAUAAUACACCGUCGGGUUCCGGGACUACAAAGGAUACUGAUGAGGCUAGUACGACAGACAUCACUAAUGCUAUUCCAGAUGUUACAAGUACCCAAGCAGCAAUAGAGAAUUCUUCUACAACUGAAAGAAGUGAUAACACAACGAUGCCACCCACAACAUCGUCUUCACCGGUCACUCCAAUAUGUUCCCCGGGAACUUUCGGCAAUGUUCCGCACCCGGAGUUGUGUAAUUCAUUCUACAUGUGCGCUGGGGGAACGGCUACUCAACUGUUCUGUUCAUCUGGCUUUGAGUUUGAUCCCCAAAGGAGAACUUGUGUGCCCAUAGCUCCUGGUGGAUGCACUCUUGGUUCCAUGACUACUGGACCUCCCGUUUGGAGUACAACUACGGUGUUGAGCACGAGCAAUGAUGAUCAAACCGAAUCAACGGGUAUCAACUAUUCUACAACUCCAAGCAUCAUCAUCAAUACUGUCACUGAAGAUGAAGACAAUAUAACCGUUUCUAGCAUCACACCACCAGCAGCGUCUACGAUAACUGAUAAUGGAAGUGAUCGAACAACAUUAGAAACAAACUCUACGAUAACCACACCAUCAUCGGUGCCAUCAACUAGUUAUUUCGGAACAGACAGUACUAAUACGGCAGAGACGGAUACUACGAAGACCACAGCAAUAACAUCGCAUGAAACAACUUCAUCGGAAACAGAUAGGCCGAACGGAACUUCGACGGUUGAACCUAAUAGUUCCACUAAUCACGUUAGCACAGGGAGCGCCACCCAAACUACGACAGACGUCAUAACAACAGAAGCAGCUACUGAACUUCCAACACGACAAACUACAGAUAGUUUAGUGACAGACGGAACAACUAGGGAAGUAAUUACUACGGAAGGAUCAACUGAACCUUCAAUUGGACCUGACAAUACCACCCUGCCUACAACAACUAUUGUUUCUACAACGCCAGAAGUGACAGGUUCAUAUUCAACUAUAGAAACUGAUGUAACAACAAUAGCGUCUACAACAUCGUCUUCACCAGCCCCUCCCAUAUGUCCUCCGGGAAGUUUCGGCAAUGUUCCACACCCGGAGUUGUGUAAUUCAUUCUUCAUGUGCGCGGGGGGAACGGCUACACAGCUGUUCUGCUCAUCUGGCUUUGAGUUUGAUCGCGAAAGAAGAACUUGUGUGCCAAUAGCGCCUGGCGGAUGCACUCUUGGUUCCGUGACUACUGGACCUCCCGUUUGGAGUACAACUACGGUGUUGAGCACGAGCAAUAAUGAUCAAACCGAAUCCUAUUCUACAACUCCAAGCGUCAGUACUGUCACUGAAGAUGAAGACAAUAUAACCGUUUCUAGCAUCACACCACCAGCAGCGUCUACGAUAACAGAUAAUGGAAGUGACCUAACAACAUUAGAAACAAACUCUACGAUAACUACACCAUCAUCGGUACUAUCAACUAGUUCUUUCGGAACAGAAAGUACUAAUACGGCAGAGACCGAUACUAUGAAGACCACAGCAAUAACAUCGAAUGAAACAACUUCAUCGGAAACAGAUAGGCUGAACGGAACUUCGACGGUUGAACCUAAUAGUUCCACUAAUCAUGUUAGCAUAGGGAGCGCCACCCAAACUACGACAGACGUGAUUACAACAGAAGCAGCUACUGAACUUCCAACACGACAAACUACAGAUAGUUUAGUGACAGACGGAACAACUAGGGAAGUAAUUACUUCGGAAGGAUCAACUGAAUCUUCACUUGGACCUGACAAUACCACCCUGCCUACAACAACUAUUGUUUCUACAACGCCAGAAGUGACAGGUUCAUAUUCAACUAUAGAAACUGAUGUAACAACAAUAUCGCCUACAACAUCGUCUUCACCAGCCCCUCCCAUAUGUUCUCCGGGAACUUUCGGCAAUGUUCCACACCCCGAGUUGUGUAAUUCAUUCUUCAUGUGCGCGGGGGGAACGGCUACACAGCUGUUCUGCUCAUCUGGGUUUGAGUUUGAUCGCGAAAGGAGAACUUGUGUGCCAAUAGCUCCUGGCGGAUGCACUCUUGGUUCCGUGACUACUGGACCUCCCGUUUGGAGUACAACUACGGUGUUGAGCACGAGCAAUAAUGAUCAAACCGAAUCAACGGGUAACAACUAUUCUACAACUCCAACCGCCAGUACUGCCACCGAAGAUGAAGACAAUAUAACCGUUUCUAGCAUCACACCACCAGCAGCGUCUACGAUAACUGAUAAUGGAAGUGAUCUAACAACAUUAGAAACAAACUCUACGAUAACCACACCAUCAUCGGUGCCAUCAACUAGUUCUUUCGGAACAGAAAGUACUAAUACGGCAGAGACCGAUACUACGAAGACCACAGCAAUAACAUCGAAUGAAACAACUUUAUCGGAAACAGAUAGGCCGACCGAAACUUCGACGGUUGAACCUAAUAGUUCCACUUAUCAGGUUAGCACAGGGAGCGCCACCCAAACUACGACAGACGUGAUUACAACAGAAGCAGCUACUGAACUUCCAACACGACAAACCACAGAUAGUUUAGUGACAGACGGAACAACUACGGAAGUAAUUACUACGGAAGGAUCAACUGAAUCUUCAAUUGGAUCUGACAAUACCACCCUGCCUACAACAACUAUUGUUUCUACAACGCCAGAAGUGACAGGUUCAUAUUCAACUAUUGAAACUGAUGUAACUACAACAUCGUCUUCACCGGCCCCUCCCAUAUGUCCUCCGGGAACUUUCGGCAAUAUUCCACACCCGGAGUUGUGUAAUUCAUUCUUCAUGUGCGCGGGGGGAACGGCUACACAGCUGUUCUGCUCAUCUGGCUUUGAGUUUGAUCGCGAAAGGAGAACUUGUGUGCCAAUAGCUCCUGGCGGAUGCACUCUUGGUUCCGUGACUACUGGACCUCCCGUUUGGAGUACAACUACGGUGGUGAGCACAAGCAAUAAUGAUCAAACCGAAUCAACGGGUACCAACUAUUCUACAACUCCAAGCAUCAGUACUGUCACCGAAGAUGAAGACAAUAUAACCGUUUCUAGCAUCACGCCACCAGCAGCGUCUACGAUAACUGAUAAUGGAAGUGAUCUUACAACAUUAGAAACAAACUCUACGACAACCACACCAUCGUCGGUGCUAUCAACUAGUUCUUUCGAAACAGAAAGUACUACUACGACAGAGACUGACACUACAAGAACCACAGCAAUAACAUCGAAUGAAACAACUUCGUCGGAAACAGAUAGGCCGACCGAAACUUCUACGGGUGAACCUAAUAGUUCCACUUAUGAGGUUAGCACAGGGAGCGCCACCCAAACUACGACAGACGUGAUUACAACAGAAGCAGCUACUGAACUUCCAACACGACAAACUACAGAUAGUUUAGUGACAGACGGAACAACUUGGGAAGUAAUUACUACGGAAGGAUCAACUGAAUCUUCAAUUGGACCUGACAAUACCACCCUGCCUACAACAACUAUUGUUUCUACAACGCCAGAAGUGACAGGUUCAUAUUCAACUAUAGAAACUGAUGUAACAACAAUAGCGCCUACAACAUCGUCUUCACCAGCCCCUCCCAUAUGUCCGCCGGGAACUUUCGGCAAUGUUCCACAUUCGGAGUUGUGUAAUUCAUUCUUUAUGUGCGCGGGGGGAACGGCUACACAACUGUUCUGCUCAUCUGGUUUUGAGUUUGAUCGCGAAAAGAGAACUUGUGUGCCAAUAGCUCCUGGUGGAUGUACUCUUGGUUCCGUGACUACUGGAUCUCCCGUUUGGAGUACAACAACGGAGUUAAGCACGAGCAAUAAUGAUCAAACCGAAUCAACGGGUAUCAACUAUUCUACAACUCCAAGUGUCAGUACUGUCACCGAAGAUGAAGACAAUAUAACCGUUUCCAGCAUCACGCCACCAGCAGCGUCUACGAUAACUGAUAAUGGAAGUGAUCUUACAACAUUAGAAACAAACUCUACGACAACCACACCAUCAUCGGUGCCAUCAACUAGUUCUUUUGGAACAGAAAGUACUAAUACGGCAGAGACCGAUAUUACGAAGACCACAGCAAUAACAUCGAAUGAAACAACUUCAUCGGAAACAGAUAGGCCGAACGGAACUUCGACGGUUGAACCUAAUAGUUCCACUUAUCAGAUUAGCACAGGGAGCACCACCCAAACUACGACAGACGUGAUUACAACAGAAGCUGCAACUGAAACUCCAACACGACAAACUACAGAUACUUUAGUGACAGACGGAACAACUAGAGAAGUAAUUACUACGAAAGGAUCAACUGAAUCUUCUAUUGGACCUGACAAUACCACCCUACCUAUAACAACUGUUGUUUCUACAACCCCAGAAGUGACAGGUUUGUAUUCAACUACAGAAGCUGAUAUAACAACAAUAGCGCCUACAACAUCGUCUUCACCAGCCCCUCCCAUAUGUCCUCCGGGAACUUUCGGCAAUAUUCCACACCCGGAGUUGUGUAAUUCAUUCUUUAUGUGCGCGGGGGGAAUUGCUACACAGCUGUUCUGCUCAUCUGGUUUUGAGUUUGAUCGCGAAAGGAGAACUUGUGUAGCAAUUGCACCAGGAGGAUGUUCUAUGAGUACUGUUGCACCAUUUGGGUUGUCGAAGAAUGAAGAGCGUAAAAUAUGCCCCGAAGUUAUAUCUACUGUCGUACCUCAUUCCGACAUUUGCAAUGCUUACUACGUGUGUGAACAAGGUGUUCAUACUCAAUUAUAUUGCUCUCGAGGAUAUGAAUUUGAUUCUGAGACCAAGAGAUGUGAGUUAAUAUCUGCUGGCGGAUGCUCACAAAAAAAGAGUAAAGAUGCCAAUAUCAAUGAGAAUGCAACAAUUUUAGAUGUCAGAAGUAUUACAACAGAUUCUCUGUGUGAAAAUGAACCUGAUGAUAAUCUUUUACCUCAUCUAGAAAAAUGUAAUGCGUUUUAUAAAUGCUCCAACGGGAAAGCUUUAGAACUCUUUUGCGAAGAAGGAUUGGAGUUCAAUCAUAAUACCAAGGCAUGUAUACCGAUAUCCGGAGAUGGCUGCACAUCAAGAAAAUGAUUACUAAUGAGGUUAAAAUAAUUUAAAAAGUGUCAGUAUUUGAAACUUAUUUGUGAUAUAUUACGGCCAUGAUAGUUAAGGGUUUUGUCAAUAUUUUUAACAGUAACGCCACAGGGUUGUGCUAUAUAGUCAUUUAAUUUAUUUUGUUUUUUAAACAUACUAAUUAUAUUUUGAUUGAAAUCA